AUGGAUUCCGUGGUGUUCUUCGACAACGUACUGGUGCCGUGGGAGCGGAUUUUCCUGCUGGGCAACGUGGAAAUGGGGAACGGCUAUGCUGCCGGGACGCAGUCGGACGCUCACACUGGGCACCAGAUACUGAAUCGCUGCCUCGUCAAGGCGGAGUUCAUACUGGGUCUGGCCGACCUGAUCGUCGACACCCUCGGAUCGGGCAGCAUUCCGCAUGUGCAGGAACAAGUGGCGGAGCUGAUUACGGACCGGGACGUGCUGCGGUCCUGUGUGCGGGCGGCUGAGGCGGACGCCACGAUGAACCAAUAUGGCAUGAUGUCCCCGGAGGUCAACGCCAUCCGGGCAGGACGCACCGUCUUUGGCCGGUCGAUGUUCCCGCGCAUGGUGGAGAUCAUCCAGAUGCUGGGCACGGGCGGCCUGAUGGCCCUGCCUGCGGAGGCCGACUUCGAAUCCGGCAUCGGCCCAGAGAUAGAGCAGUACUUUGCGACGGACUCGACGGAUGCCCGCGACCGGGCCAAGCUGUUCCACCUGGCGUGGGAUGCAUCGUGCAGCGCGUUCAGCGGGCGGCAGGUGCUGUACGAGCGGAUGUUUGGCGGGAACCCGGUGCGAAAUUCGAUCACGCUGUUCCAGAACUACGACAAAGAGCCGUUCAAGGCUAAGGUGCGCCAGUUCCUGGAUAAUGAGGACUGGCCCUAA